GUGGCGGCUGCCUGGGGCGUGCCGCAGUGGGGCAUGCACGGGGGCGCCGAGUGGAUGGCCCCGCCCUACGGCUGGGACGGCUACGGGGCCGCCGCGGCCGCGGCCUCUGGGGAGGCCGCCGCCGCGGCCUUCAUGGCCGCGGCCACGGCCGCGUCGCGGGCGGCGACCGCGGCGCCCGCCGCUCCCGCCGCGCCGGGCAUGGUGCGCCUCCGGGGUCUGCCGUUUACCUCCACCGAGCAGGACCGACGUGCUGGCGUUCUUCGCUCAGAACGACAUCGUGGAGCGCGUCGCCGACGGCCCGAAGGCGGUCUCGCUGCUGGUGCGGCCGAACGGGCGGCCCACCGGCCAGGCCGAGGUGCAGAUGCGCAGCCGCGCGGACGCCGAGGUCGCCCAGCAGGUGCUCAGCGGCAAGUGGAUGGGCACCCGCUACAUCGAGGUCUUUCCCCACGCCGACGACGGCUCAGUGCCGGGCAUGGGCCUCUCCGGCGCCGAGGCCAACGGCAUACGGGACGCUUCCCGGGCCGCUGCGGGUU